AGGUGCCUGUGCCUCACGUGGGAGUGCAGUGGGUUACCUUAAAGGGAAAAUCUGAUGAAACUUCUUCAAGAACUUGUUGUUACAUGUGAUAUCUUAGUGGAAUUUACCGGAAUAGAAUGGAGAUUCCUGACCUAGGAUCUGGAACAGAGCUGCAAAAACAUUAAUUUCUCAGGGUGAGAUUGCCUCCACUCAAAGGAACAAUAACAUACUGGAAAUACACAAGGUGUAUACCAUCACCCAGACUAAGAAAAGCUUUGUUCUAAAAGGAAUAAAAUAAUCAUGGCAGAAUGUACAGGUUACAAGGAAACCUCAAAUCGGCACCUACGUUUCAAACUGCAGAGCCUGAGUCGCCGCCUUGAUGAACUGGAGGAAGCAACUAAAAAUCUGCAGAAAGCAGAGGAUGAGCUGCUUGACCUCCAGGACAAAGUUAUCCAGGCAGAAGGCAGCAACUCCAGCAUGCUGGCUGACAUUGAAGCCCUGAGGAAAAGAGUGCUGAAGAUUGAAGGCAAGGAUGAAGAAAUUAGGAAGGCUGAAGAGCUCUGCAGAUUAAUGAAAGAAAAGCUGGAAGAGGAGGAGAGCCUCACUCGAGAUCUGAAGUCAGAAAUUGAACUCCUUCAGAGGAGAAUGGCAGAGCUGGAGAAGCUGGAGGAGGCCUUCAGCAGGAGCAAGAAUGACUGUACACAGCUGUGUCUUAGCCUCAAUGAAGAAAAGAACUUGACCAAAAAGAUAUCUACAGAAUUAGAAAUACUUAGAGUGAAAGUGAAAGAACUGGAAUCAUCUGAAGACAGGCUGGAUAAAACUGAGCAGACCUUAACAGCUGAGCUAGAAAAGCUGAAAUCCUUAGCCCUGAGCUUUAUCACGGAAAGAAAACAUUUUAAUGAAAGAGAAAAGCAAAAUGAAAAAAUAAUCCAGGAGCUAACACAGAAACUAGAACAAAACAAUAAACUAAAUAGGGCAGAUCAAACUAGAAAUGCAUCCAACUUGCUAGAAAGGUCAUCCAACAAUCUCCUGGACAGAAAUGAUAUGAGAAUUGAAGAUGACUUGACUUCUGCACUGCCUUCUAAAGAGACCAGGAGGAAGGGAAGUGUGGAUUACCUGAAACACGUAGAAAAUGAAACCAGGAAUAAAUCAGAAAACCAAAAGAAUAAAAACCAGGAAGACAACAAAGUGAAAGAUCUCACCCAAGAAAUUGAGAAACUUAAAAUUCAGAUAAAACAUUUUGAAUCUUUAGAAGAAGAACUUAAAAAAGUGAGAGCCAAAAAUAAUGAUCUGCAAGACAGUUACUUGAGUGAGCAGAAUAAAAACAAACUCUUAACAGGUCAGCUAGAAGAAAUAAAAAUGCAAAUAAAGAAACAGAAAGAUCUGGAGAAUGGAGAAGUUGAAAAUGAAGAUACAAGCUUUUCUAGCAGGGGAAAGCAUGACCGACCUAAAUACAGGGGUGUGAUGACUGAUUUGGCAGCUGCUAAGCACAAGCCAAGGGAGCUCUCCCCACAGCAGCGCCGGGAGAGGGCACGGAACAGAGACCUCUGUCUCAGUAAUGACAGCUACAGCCACAGUGGGAAACGGGUGCCCAGUCCAAGCUUCAUGAGCAGAAAGGCAGGGAAAGCUUCUGGUGCGUCUGCCCUUUCAGACACUGCUGUCACAGAUACAAGAAGACUGGAAGAGAAAUCUUUAGUUUCCACUAUUUCUUCUGGUCAGAAGGAAGGCUGCAUCAUGCAGAAUGAGGGGAAGAGAUCCAAAGAGCAGCCAUCUGUGCUCAGCCGGUAUCCUCCUGCUGCACAGGAGCAGAAAUCAUGGAAAGCACCUUCCAAACCUGUUGGUGAUACAGGCCUGAGAUCCAAGGUUGAAAAGCCAUCUCAGGUGCUCCGUGGGAACUGCCAGAAUGGUGCUGACACACGGGAUGAAAGGUCAAGCAAGGGGGAAUCAACGGGUUCUGUGUCUGAGAAGCUGAAGACAAGUCAGGCUGAAGUCAGUGAGUGCUUGGGGGAUGCACAGCUCACCAGGGGCAGCCACACCUCUUCCAAUGGCACAGCCUCAGCAUACAGGUACCACGUGUCCUCCAGCGUGUCAGUCUCAGACUCUGCUGCCUCUAAAGUGGAAGCAGUGAGCACUUUUGCAUCACACAGACAGCCCUCGGAGGGAAGGGCUAAAAGGGCACUAAUCUCCCAGGAAAAAGAAGCUGCAGACACAUCACUUGAAAGUGUGAAGCUUUCGACGCUGACGAAGCGUUCCCACCACUCCAGGAGUCAGGAAGACAUUCUGCAGAUUCUCACAGGUCUUGAUAAAGAAGGCACCGAGCAGUCUUCAAGUUCAGCAACAGAUCAUGUAAAUAUGGUUUUAAAAACUGACUCCAAAACCAUCCAGAGUAACCAGGAAAAAUUUAACUCAGAGGAAGAAUCAGGAAGAGGCAAAAAACCAACCACUCAGUCAGAUUUUGAGACAAGAAAGAAAGUCAGUUCCAAGCAGUUCUCCUCCAAUUCUAGGGGAGUUUUUAGAGCAUCACUUUUUGAAAAUGACAAAAAAACUGUGAAUGAUGAAGACUCUACCAAGUGCAUAAAACCAUGUGAUGCCAGCACUGGAGAACUGAAAUCCAGAAGACCCUUCAGCCCUAGAGAAGCUCUGAGAUCAAAAGCCAUCAUUAAACCUGCAAUUGUUGAGAAGGAUAUGAAGGCAAUCAUGGGAGGGACUGUUUCAGAGGCAGAGUCAGAAAAACAGAAGUCUACUUUUAAAAUGGUAACAAACAAAAUGACAAGCAGCAUCACAAUCUUUCCUUCUGAGCCAACAGCUGCAAGGAGCACUGCAGAGACAGCAGCAAAGGAAAGGCAUGUUACCACCAGCAACAUCAGAGUUGCUUCAAAUGAGCCUUCACCAUCAGUAACAAACAAUGUCCCUUCACUCUUUGAGGUGUCAGUUAAUAGAAGUGCUCUGAAGUCAUCUGAGGCAGACAGAGGUGGAGAGGCAGUGCCCAGAAGUAAAGCUGAAACAGUGGUCUCGAGAAGCAGCAUUAUGCUAAAGACUUCUGAACUGACAGAGAGGAGCAGUGAGACACCUUUGGAGACAAUCAGCUGGAAGAGCCAUGGCUCGUCAGAUGCAGGUUCAUCCGAAGCAAAGCACGUCACUGUCAGGAGUUCCUGGAGAACAAGACAAGGCCUACAUUCCCUGGAGGACUCUCAAACCAAAGCGGAGAAAAGUGCAACUUUCAGUGCCACAAACUUGUGUAGAUCCUCAGUGGACCUUUUAGAAGGGGAAGGGAGUAGUUCAAACACAGACUUCCUGGAGCAGGCUUCAUCCAGAACAAGUGCCACAGCUAAUUCUUGGGGUGCCCCUGAGCUGGGCUCCCGAAGGACCAAAAGUAACUUAAGUGCAUCUGAGCUGCUGACACGCAGGAGCUGUGCAGGUGACCCUACAGCAGCUGCUGCUUGGCAGCGCACCACGCCACCUGAUGAAAGCAAGGAUUUUGUGUCCAGUUCCAGAAGGAAGCAGUAUGGCUCUUCUGAGUACCUCCUCCAGGCUGACACUCUGAGCAAAAGGACAGCCACCAAGGUGGAGCUGCAGGACCCUGAAUCCAGCUCCCCUGCUCCACCAGGGCUCCAAGGAGAGGAGCAGGGCGCUGCCCGGGCUGCCCGGACAUCUCGGAGAUGAGCUGCAUUCCCUCCCAGUGACCGUGGUGAAGCAAGAGGCAGGAUAGCACCAAGCUCACAGGCAUCACACCUGUUUGUCACCUCUCCAGAGGCUUCAACUAGCCUGAAACCAGUUUUGUAAUGCGAUUUGAAAGGUACAGGAGCUUUACCAGUGAAUUCUUUUUCUUCAUUGCUGAAGAGGCAGCUGCAGAGACUUUGCUCAGGGGACUCCCACUUCUCAUCUCUGUACCUGCAAUCUCAAUCUUCCCUGUAGGGUGAUAGGUCUGUCUCCACUGGGAACUCUGACUACCUAGCCUCUCUGAACAAUGGUACUCCUUGCACAAGAGAGAACUUUUUGUUCACUUGCGUUCACACAAGAUCCCAGCAGUGUCCCUGUGGUUACAUCCACCAGCCCAUGAAGCUGUCCACCACAACUGAAGGCUUUCAGUUCCUCUGGAGUUUGCACUCUCCCAAUACACCCUUGCUGGCUGGGGUAGUGGUCACCUCAGUACCUGUGUUUCCAGCACCCUUAGUCUCUAGGCAAAAGGAGACUGCUCCCCACUGGUUACUUUACAGAUUGAGAGGGAAGGAGAGCAGAAAAUGUUGUUUAGAAGGAGUUGAUUCCCUAUCACUGUCACUCUCUGCAACAAGCUUUGCAUGAUCUGCUCCUCACCAGUUGAGAUCCUGCACCAAGAAGUCAUCCACUGAGGCAGACACAGCAGUGACACCCCCUCCUGCCUGGGACCAGGGUGCCAUUCAUCUGGAGCUUUGUGUUACACUCUGCAGGCAACAACUCUGGGGCUUGUGCAAGGCAGCUGAGCCCUACGAGAAAAAGAAACAAGUGCUUUUCCUCACAGACAAGCAGAAUGUCAUUGUUCCUUCCCACAACAGGGUGGAGACAGCUGGAUUGGUCCCUAAGCUGACCUGUGGUAGCUUUGGUCUGUGCCUCAAGCCCUGUCUGCCAUGCCUGGGCCCCAGGUAUGGUCAGACUGCUCAAUCAGAGCUGUGUGUCAUCCCCAUCAGAGCCUGCAGGCCAGUUGGUGUCAGUGGGUGUCACUGUGGGGCAGACAUGUCCCCACAGCUCCAGGAGGUGCUCAGGUCAUCAGCAGCAAUAUCCUGAGCAAGGUGAUUGCAGCAGGCUCUCACAGCAGGGCUGGGACAGUCCUUCCUUGCCAUGCCAGGCCGUGCCCAGCUGCUGGGCUGGCCCCUGCACAAACACCACUGGCACCCCCAGUGCUGCCCGUCCCUCCCUGCAGCAGGACCAGGAGAAUGCUCCAGACAGAAAAGGUCCUUGAUCUGUUUCAGAGGUGCUGUGGGAAGAGCUGCACCCCAGCAGCUUCCAUGUCUGAGCUGCACCCCACACUUGUGCCCCAUCCCACCUCUGCAGGAGCAGGUACCAGAGCCAUGUGAUUGCCUGUGCUGCACCUCCCUGGCCUGGGAAAUACACACCUCAAUUCUGAGAAGAAAAUCAAUCAAAAAAAAAAAAGAAAAAUCAAUAGAGCUGGUUGCAAAAUAUCUAUGAAAACAUUUCUAUAAAAGGGAUGUGCUUUAGUGACAUAAUUAUUUUUUUAUAAAGAUUGUUUGGAGGAAGGGAAAAAUUAUUUUUGAAAAAAAAUGUUUCUUCUUGGAAUUUUAAAGAUGUUUUCCCAAGUGUAUAUUUUUAACCCUUCAUUUUAUUCUUUUACAUGUCAUGACAUAUAUGUCAACUUGCAUAACAAGACAAAAAGAUGCUUUUAAAUUAGUAUUGAGUGGCAGCUCUAAUAAUCUUUAAAUUAUAUUAAAAUAAAUUGUAUCAACUGCUCUCUCUUACCAUUGACAUGGUAGUGCUAGUAGAAUGAGAUAAUGGGAAAAAAAUUUAAACUCAAACUCCAAACCAAAAAUGAAAGAAAGUGACAUUCUGAAGCUAAAUUCAGACUUCUUACUGCCUCCCCCUGCCCCUGUUUAUCAGGAAGGAUUGGCAAUCCUUAUGGAUCGUGCAGUGUGAAGCCAGUGGAUUAACAGUGCUGUGCACUGGCUGUGUCCUUCCUGAGCCCCCUGCUCUGCCCAGCACUGUGUGCCAGGUUCAGCACCCAGAGCCAGGGCAGUGCCUGGACAGCAGCAGCUUCCCUUGCCCCGUGUGCCCAGCUGUGCCCAGCUGUGCCCUGCUCACCACAGGCUGCUGCCUCUGCCCCUCCAAACUAAACCUGCUGCCUCAGCUGCCCACACUGUACCUGCCUGCUUACCCUGGGGGCACCUUGGCAUGUCCCUGCCCCUUCAGAUGUCACAGGAUUCCCUCUGCACAUCCCUGAACCUGCUGGAGCAGCUCUCCAGCUGUCACCUGCAGCACUCUCAGAGGCUGUGGGAGAGGCAGUGCUGUUCUGCCUGCAGGAUGCUGCGUGCUGGGCUCCCUGCCCUUGCUCACUCUGCCCAGGACAGCACGGACACACAGGAGGACAAGGACCACUGGGCAGUGACUGAACGCCCUCCCUCACAUCCCAGCCCCAUCCUGCUGCAGGACACGGCUCCACACACCAGGGGACAUCCCUACACACCCACCAGCUUUCUCCUCACCUCAUCGGCGUGGCUGUGGCUUAGCAGUGCUCCCAAAGAGCCUCCCAAGGGAAGUGGUGUUGGUUGUGAUGAGAUCUCUGCCUCCCUGUGAGUCAGCGUGGGUGACUGCAGGCUGCCCUGUGCCUGCCCACGGAACACUGGCUGACCCAGCAGCUCUUCACUGCUCACCCCGAGCACAGCCCCGAGUCUGAAGAGCAAGGGAAGAACCACCAGCAGCAAGAGCUGUUGAGUUUUCUCCUCCUGUCAGCCAGGACCAGGCUGUGCCCGAGCAAUGGGAGGGCUUUACCCUUCAGCCCCAGCAACACAGCACUGCUGGCACUGUCUUCAGGUGCUUCUCACAGAUGAUGUCUCUCCUUUCUCCAGCUGCCUCAGUUAUUUGUUCAAUAUUUUACAGCAGAUACCUUGGACUCCUGCUCUAAACUCAGUUUCACUGCUUGUAAAUACUGGACACAGAUGUCACUUGGUAACUGCACACUGGUUGUUUUUACCACAGCUGAGAUGAAAUCUGAGAAAGAAAACCCUACCUAGUAUGGAAAGGGGCCAUGCCCUCUAGUCAAUGAGUGCAAUAGGAGCUGAUUGUAUUAUUAAUCUUAUAGCAAUGACUUCAGGAAACACAAUGUGUUUACUCGAAUUGCACACUUUUUUUGAACAGCUGUAAAAUAGAGUAUAUGUGUAAAUAUUGCCACCACUGAAGAAGUAUUUGUAAUUUUAGCAUAUAAAUAUAACCCAGCUUUCCAGUAGGCUUGAUGAUGCACAAGGCCAUGCAUCGAGCCCUCGGGUAAUUCCAAAGUUGUAAAUGUAUUUGCUGUACAGAGGAAGUGUGUCAGUGCUUGCUGCUCCCAAGGAACCUCAGCUGCUGGUCCCUUUGGAGAGCCAGUGCUGUCCCCAGGAGGGCUGGCUCCAGUCUGAGGGCCCAGCAGCUCACUGCUUCAUGUCUGGGAACGCCUCUGCAGCCUGCAGAGCUGCCUGUCCAGCCCCCCAGAGGGUCUGGGGUGCCAGCCUGGCCACUGGAGCUGUGCAGGGCACCCCAUGGCCAGGCCCCAGCAAGGGAAAAGGAAGCACAGGGCAGAGCCACUUGCCUUGGUGCUUCAAGAGACACUUGACACAAGCGAUUUCCCAGCUACAGACUGAAGCAAUAGUCACAUUGGUCUCAUCUCUAACGUAGUAGACCUCAUCUCUGCCACCCUUGCACACGGCUGAACAAUCAGGGCACUGCUCCAGGCCAGCCCCCAGGCUGAGCUGUGAACAGAACACAAAGCCAUUGUUAGCAGAUGCCUCCCUUGGUCAGAGCCCAGGGCCCAAAGGAUCCUCCUGGGCUGCCCCACGUGCAGUGCUGGCUCCUGCUUUGGGAAAGCAGCACUCCAAGCUGCAUGGAAUGUAUUUUUAAGAGAAUAAAUCUAUUUUUUUGUAUUUGUGAACAUAUAUUUGGGUGGGGCAGCUUAGUUAGAAGACAAAUAAUGCAAGAAGUCUUUUCAUAAUCACAGGUUCAUCCAAGUUAAGCAGAUUUUCCAGGGUUGCAGUAUUGCCUUUUCCCCUAAAAUAAACUUUGUGUCCAAUAGAGCAAUGAGCAGUGUUCCACCCUUAGAACUUGCCCUGUCUCAGCAUGCUGAGAAGAGAAAGGCCAGCACUUUCCUCCCCAGGCUGCCCAUGCAGUGGAUACAGAUGGUGCUCACCUCCUUGCAGCGACACAGUGCUCUUAGUCUGCAUGCCAAAUGUAAACACACACUUAUCUGCAUGUCUCUCCUGACUCAAACACUGUCAGUGCUACAGUAUAUAACCAAUAAACACUCUUCUUUUUACACGG